GUCCUCGUGAACACACACACAACCGAGGGAGGAGAGAGAGAGAGAGAGAGAGAGAGGGAGAGAGAUCGGCAGGGUUUCGAUCGAAGAAGAGGAGGAGGGGAGAAUGGGAUCGGGAUCUUUUCUUAAGGUGGUCGCCAAAAACUUCGACGUUCUCGCGGGUAAAAAUGCACUGGUGUUGGACCUUGACAGAUAUGCAUCCGUUAAAGCAAUAGAAACCAAAUCUUCUGCUGAUGACCAACAGUGGCUGACUUAUUGGGUGUUGUACUCAUUCAUGACUCUGUUUGAGCUUACUUUUGCAAAAGUUUUAGAAUGGCUUCCCAUUUGGUCGUAUGCAAAACUGAUGUUUAGCUGUUGGUUGGUCUUGCCAUAUUUCAAUGGUGCUGCAUAUGUUUAUCAACAUUUUGUGAGGCCAUUAUUUGUGAACCACCAGACAGUAAACAUCUGGUAUAUCCCACGAAAGGAGGACUUAUUCAGUAAACCAGAUGAUAUAUUGUCAGCUGCAAAGAGAUAUAUCGAAGAGAAUGGACCAAAAGCAUUUGAGAAGCUAAUAAGCAAGGCACCAAAUCUCUCCUUGCAGUCCGAAAGAACACCUAAAGCUCGUCGUACAAUUUUGGAGGAGGUGCAAGCUCAAAGAGAAUCUCAUUCCGAAAGAGACUCUAAAUCUUGGAGUGAAAAUUGUACAAUCUUUGAUGGAGAUUAUAGAUACUGAAAAUUGUGUCUGACCCCAGUAGGUGGAGUGUUUGCAGUUAUCUCACAUGUUCCUGUGAUGAGAAAAGGCUUGUGGAUUAAGCUAAGGUGGGGCAUCAGUUGCCAGGUUCUAGUGGAGUGACCGAUAGUCUUGUUGCAUUUUCUGCUUGAUUAGUCUGUAUCGGUGGUUGUGUUUAGUUUCUGCUUGUUGUAGAUACCUUUCGCGGUGUGGGUUUGCUAGUAAACUAGGAUACACUCUAUUUCACUGACUCAAAUUUGUUGUACUUGCUCACAUUUUUCUCCAAGUGGAUUCUUCCUGGUAUUUGUCUUUGUGAAGCCAGAUUUCUAUGUAGAGACCGAAGGUUAUAUUUCUCUA